AAGGUUAAGAUGGCGUCAAACGUAAUUUGCACAGCGCAUGAACUAAAAUCUAUUAUUUUGAUAAAGCAUCAACACCAUUUAUUUGAUUACACUUCUGAAAUCCUGUAAAUCCAGUUUCAAAGUUAACGCAUUGAAGCUAUUUAGGACUUGUUCUAAAGCAUUAAUUAAAAAAAAUAUUAUUAUAACUGAAUUAUAAACAAUUAAAAUUGCCUUGAAAAUUGCUGUUUUUAAAAAAUAGAACCAAUUAAGAAACAAAUUGUAUUAUGAAAAUGGGCGAAGAAGGUACUAAAAGUGAGAUGAACAACGAACUUCAACUAGAAACUGAGCACCCUUCCCCAAACGAGCAUGAUGAAGAUCCGAACAAAUUGACCUGGAAAAUCGACGACAAGCCACCCAUAGCACUCAGCCUAAUCCUCGGUUUUCAGCAUUAUCUCACAAUGUUCGGUUCAACCCUUGCUCUUCCCUUUGCCCUUUCUGCCCAUCUGUGUGUGGAAGCAGACAACUUUUUGGCCAUUUCACAGCUGCUCGGAACAAUCUUCUUCGUCUCCGGCAUCGCCACAUUCUUACAGUGCACCGUUGGAGUCAGAUUGCCAAUAAUCCAAGGAGGCACAUUUUCAUUUCUGGCGCCUACAAUUGCACUGCUUAGUCAAGACCCAAGCUGUGAACCAGUAUCAGGAGAAGUUGUUUGGCACCGGAAAAUUUGCCAGGUGCAAGGAGCCAUCCUGAUUGCCUCCCUUCUCCAGGUAUUAGUUGGGUUCACGGGUCUGAUGGGCUGGAUGUUGAAAUACGUGGGACCCCUUUGCAUUGCACCAACUAUAACUCUAGUUGGUUUGGCUCUAUUCGAGGAAGCCACUUCUUUUGCCCAAUACAACUGGGGCGUGUCACUUAUGACCUUCGCCCUGAUUGCACUGUUCUCUCAGUACCUAGUUCGAAUCUCAAUACCAGUUCCGGGAUCAUCUUCGAAAGUUCCAAUCUUCAAACUAUUUCCUGUCAUCCUGGCGGUUCUGACCAGCUGGUUUAUCUGUGCAGUUCUCACCUGGACUGGGUUGCUAUCUGAAGAGAAGGGCUCUGCAGGAUAUGCCGCGAGAGUGGACACCAAAAUAGACGUGAUACUACAGUCACCCUGGAUUCGGAUACCCUAUCCGUUCCAAUGGGGUCUUCCGACCUUCAGCAUGGCAGGUGCAAUCGGGAUGAUGGCCGGAGUUCUGGCCAGUAUGUUGGAGUCCAUAGGCGACUACUACGCAUGUGCCAGACUGUCUGGAGCAGGGAAACCGGAGCUACACGCAGUCAAUAGAGGUAUUUUGGUCGAGGGGCUGUGUUGUAUGGUCGCCGCUGUCUUUGGCACAGGCAAUGGGACAACAUCCUACUCGGAAAACGUCGGCGCCAUAGGAAUUACUAAGGUGGGAAGCAGGCGAGUCAUCCAGUGGGCGGCACUGAUGAUGGUAGUGCUGGGCUGUCUGGGCAAAUUCGGAGCUGUCUUCACAACAAUACCCACGCCCAUUAUAGGAGGCGUCUUCUUCUGCAUGUUCGGAAUGAUCACGGGAGUGGGUCUGUCCAACCUGCAGAUGGUGGAUCUUAAAUCCAGUAGGAAUCUGUUCGUUCUCGGAGUCUCCAUCUUCGUCGGAAUUGCACUACCUAAAUGGAUGCAGAAGCCUGAAAAUGUGAUCGAUUUAGGAAAUGACCAGGCGUCCCAGAUAGUGACUGUGUUAUUGAGUACCUCCAUGUUCAUCGGAGGAGUGACAGGAUUCAUUCUAGACAACACCAUCCCAGGCUCCAGACAGGAGAGAGGAUUAGUGGCUUGGAACGACUCAUGCGAUAUUACUUCUGACAGCAGUGACACCGACUCGCAAUCGCGCCGAGACAAGACUUACGAUGUGCCAUAUGUCGAAAAUUUAGCGAGAAAAUUGACUUUCAUUCAGCUUCUGCCAGUAUGCCCUAAUUACUCGAAAAGAAACAAAGGAAAAAGUAAAAAGAAAUCCAGCGAAAAAGAUGAGCACUGCGUUUAAGUCUUUCUAUUACGAAGUUACGUAUUCCAAGAAAAAUGUCCUUAGUAUCUUCAUGAAACGAAAGUACAGAAAAACAAAAAAAAGCUUUUAGCGAUGCUGCAUUUUUGUGGGACCAACUGUACAAUUCCCUUCCCCUUCCUCCCCCCCAAAAAUGAUUUAUUAAAUACCGGUUCUUCAGAAACUGAU